AUGGCAGAACUGCACAUUUUAGGACAUUUAAAUUGUGCACAGCAUUUUACAGAGGGUUAUUCUUUGUAUUGUCGAUACACGGUUCAAGCAGGUCCCAAUUGGACACUACUUUCAGGAUGCACCGAGGGUCAGACAUCAACUGGAAAACCCAAUACUGAUAAUUCUGUUAUAUGGGCUCAUCCGCUUGAUAUACAUUUUGUAACUCGCGGUAUACAAGGUUGGCCAAAGUUGGUUUUUCAUGUCAACUGUCUUGACUCAUUAGAAAGAUCAUGGGUGGUAGGCUAUGGCUGUACUAGUCUCCCCACAGUGCCAGGUUAUCAUACAAUAAGAGUACCUUGCUGGCUGCCUGCUGCAACUUCAAUAUCAGAUAGCUUAAGACAAUAUUUUCUUGGUGGAUCUCAUCAAAUAACACAAAAUGAUAUUAUUAGUUUAGGAAAUGAUAGAUUCAAGUUAAGCACACAGUCAAAAGGGUUUAUAGAAAUUAACAUUUGUAUAAUUUUAAGGAAUUUCACUCAAUUUGGAGUAGAGUAUAAAUAA